AUGGGUAGUUGGAGUGAGAUGUUUCCCUUAGUGGAGUUCACAUACAACAACAGUUAUCACACCAGCAUUGGUAUGGCUCCAUAUGAGGCAUUGUAUGGGCGGCGGUGUAGGACGCCGUUGUGUUGGAACCAGGAUGGGGAAUCAUUAGUGUUGGGUCCUGAGUUUUUACAGCAAACCUCUGAGAAGGUUAGGGCAAUUCAGGAGAGAAUGAGGGCUACACAGAGCAGACAGAAGUCCUAUGCAGAUAGAAGGAGACGACCUCUAGAGUUCGAGGCUGGGGAUCAUGUGUUCCUCAGAGUAACACCGACGGCUGGUAUUGGGAGGGCCAUCAAAUCGAGGAAGCUAACUCCGAGAUUUGUUGGGCCUUAUCAGAUUCUGAGGAGAAUUGGCGUUGUAGCUUAUGAAAUCGCCUUGCCACCGCACCUGACGAAUCUGCAUAAUGUGUUCCACGUUUUCCAGUUGAGGAAAUAUGUUGCAGAUCCGUCGCACGUACUGGAGUCAGAUGAUAUUCAGAUUCGGGAUUCACAAGUGAAACAGCUACGGGGGAAGGAACUUAAGACCAUGAAGGUGCUGUGGGAUGAGACUACCCAGGAGAUGACUUGGGAGAUGGAGGAUCGCAUGAAGCAAUCCUAUCCGUACUUAUUUCCUGAGAGAGAGAGAGAACAGGCUAGUGGGAGAGGCAAAGAGUACCACAGUGGGUGUAAGGGUCGAAUACUAGGAUUUCAGAAGAGAGAAACUGAUUGUAAGAGGGUGGAGUGGCUGGAAAACAUUGUGGAUGCGCAAGAGAGGGUUAGGGAAGCUUUUUGGAUUGGAGAUACAUCAAGAAUUCGUGGUCCAGCAAGAAAUUCCAGGUUAGGGGAGCUGCUUAUUAUGUUUUUACUUCGUGUUCGAUUGGUUAUGUGA